AUGGUUGGACUCUCUGCUGGAGAAAAAAAUUUCAUCCGUGGCGGUAUUGAGCAAGACCUCCGAGCAGAUGGGCGCCAAAGACAGGACUUUAGGCCUAUCCUAAUUGAAACUGGAGUCAUUCCGCAGGUUGGAAACUUCCCGAUGCUUGUACCCAAUUCAUCAUACAUGCUGAUGUUUAGACCUUUAUUUGGAAUACUUUACCCAGGCAAACGGAUCAGCACGAGUUAGAUUCGGGGCAACUGAUGUGAUUGCUAGCGUUAAGGUAUCAUUGUCUUCGCAUGAUUCGUUUUUUUUUAUCUUUCAUAUCAACGCUGCAUGUAUGAAUGUUCGGUUAUUGCACUUCUCGCGUCAUUUCAGAGGUUAUUGUUUCAAUGUUUUUUGCGUGCCGUAUAAAGCAUGGCGGAUGAUUUCUCGCUCAAGUUUAUGAACUUUAAGUCGAAAUUUCUGUCGAAAUCAAUUGGCAUAAGCAUCUUGAAAUGCUGUGCUCUGUACUUCCUAACAUUUUGCAUUCCCUCCUGUAUUUCUGAGUGUUGAGAGUGAAUAUGAACUGUAUCACUUGGUUUUUUGAGGCACGACUUCUAGUUUCCGUGGAGUUCCUUCCUUCUUACGUCUUUCGUUCUGUAAGCAAAAUAUUGAGGCUUCUCUACUUUCCUGAAGAAAGGUGGCAUCCGUGUCAUUCUGAAUCUAUUAUUAUCUCAGCUUUUCAAGAUAUAAAGGCAUGGGAACAACCUGAAUGUGAGGGGGAUAAAUGCAAGCAGUCAUAAGAUGGCCACGUGCUGAUGAUCUAUUAUCUCUCUAUCCCAGGAUGACAACCAAGUGAAAAACCGUUUAUUCAGGGAAAACGAUGUUUAAAUGUAAAUGCGGAAUGGAUUAAUGAAAGGCCCAGUCAUUUGUUUUCAUAAAGUGUAAAUGAUGAAUUACAUUUAAAUGAAUGAAUAGAAUCUCCAAAUCAGAUUUAAACAGCGUGUGGCUAUGAACAGGCGAUCUGUAUAAAUAUCUGGAAGUUGCUAUCUGACCUUCUUCCAGACAAUUGAACUAUGAGUAAUCACCUGCAUUGAGAACCAAACGGUCUUAAUUGUCUAUAAACUUAUUAUUGUGAUGAGAGUCUCGGAUAUGAUUUCGACACCAUUGGGAUAUGAUGGAAAUAUUGUAAAAGGUUAAGGGGAAGAUUAUGAUGAUAAGAAAGCUUGUGUGAAAUAAGGAGUUAUGAUAGUGAGAUGCGUAUAUGUCCAGGUGAAGGGAGGAAGAAGAGUACAGAAAAAGGUCAUGGCUAAGGUUUUGGGUUUAAAUUUGAUGGUAGAAGGUCCGCUUUCCAUUUUUUUUAAAUCUAUAAAAUAAGAUAAUUCGGAUCUAACAUAUCCAAUGGAUCAUUGUGGGAAGAUCCUGAGUAUAAUCUUUAAGUUUAGUAUUCCUUUUGAAUUACCUAUUGGUUUUUAUUGUCGAGCUGUCUGUGGUCUAUAUAUGUCUGCUAUAUCUAAUUUUUGGCAUUUUGUAUGCAGGCUGAACUUGGUAAGCCUAACCCCCUUCAACCUGGGAGAGGGAAGGUUGCAAUAUAUGUGGAUUGUAGUCCUACAGCAGCACCUGCGUUUGAGGUUGGUAUAUUUAUCUUGAAAUUAUCCUCCUCAAGAGGAGCGACUAAACAUAUGGGGUAGCUGGGUUUUAUCCUUAGUUGGGAAUAGGGCAAUCGAAUGUCCAUUCAUACAUGGUGCAAAAACCUGCAAAUCUUAACAGGCAUUUGUAAGAAAAAUAUAAUUUUAAAGCAUUCUUAUUUAUAAAAGAGAAUCUUUCAUUAUGGAACAGCAUUCUGCCACUCAGGGUUUUUUUUUGCCUUUUUUCAUCAUUUAAUAGAGUGAAUAGAUAGUGUGGAUGGUUCAGAUAUCUGAAGAAUUUCCUGACAAGAGCGAUGUGGCAGUGCUUGAGGAUGAAGCACUGUACUUAUGCUUGUGAUGGAACCGAAUUUGGCAUAGUCAUAUGACAGCAUAAAACAUUAAAUUUUUUGCUUCUGAAAUCUUCACAAUUAUGAGAACUAUCUAAUACGUAAUUACUUUUAUUAGUGGUUUUUGGGGGGGAAUUGCUUAGUUUCUUAUGCACAGGACAAUACGGACAUGAAUUCUAUAGUUAGUACUGAAUCUCUCUCAAGAUAUCAAUCAGCUUAUGGUAAAAAGAGUUUUGGUAGUUCAAAUAGUUCUGAAAUCACGUGGCUUUGCCCUUUUGUUAGUUAUGGUAUUUGAGCUUCAAAUCAUCUAUAAAUCAGAUGGCUUUCCUCAAGUACAUCCAGAUGCGCUUUUGGAAGUAUGUCUUGGCCCAGAUUUGUACUUCAUUUUGCAUUUUUAUUUUAUUUUCUGUCGAUGAUUUUUUUUGGAGGCGCCUACUGUGUACUCAUAAUGCGCUUCACAUGGCUUAGUCUGCUCUUUGUUGCUGUUGAUUUCGCCUCAGCAAGGCUUGGCCUGCUUGCACCCGUUGACUCUAAAACUUUACGCUUCUGGUAUCAAGCCUGUUGCUGUGGCACAUAAAAAAUAAGAAGACAACAUAAAUCCCAACAAAGUAGGAACGAAAAUUUUCAUCUCCUCAAACUAUUCUCUGUGUUUUCAUGUGCAUAAAGCUACCGUGCGUUCACAUCGAUCAUUUAUCUUGCCACCGCUUUUUUUGUAGCGAGAUAAUAUUGCGUCAGCCUUCUGCUAUUCCUGAUUUAUUUAUUUAUUAAUUUAUAUUUAUAUCAAGUUAUGCGUUAUCACAGAGAGGAGGAGGUGAAGAGCUGUCGACAGAGCUUUCAGCUGCACUCCAAAAGUGCUUACUUGGAGGCAAGAGCGGGGCAGGCAUGAGCUUUGCUUCAAUCCCAGACUUCUAAUAGUAGGAUUACACUUGUGCUGUCUACCAACACCAUCUUCUUUCCAUUUCUCUGCCAGGAGCUGGAAUAGAUCUCUCAUCUUUGAUGGUUCUGGAGGGUAAGGUAUGCUGGGACCUCUAUAUUGAUGGACUCGUGGUUAGCUCAGACGGGAAUCUACUGGACGCAUUGGCUGCUGCUAUCAAGGUAACCCACCCAUGGGAAGCAAAAAUCACUCCUUUAUUACCCCAAAUAGAUUGCGAAGAUAUUUCUUCAACUGGGUAAAAUCAUCCUGGAAGGGGACUUUGAUGAUUAAAUAUCCGUUUAUCUUCGGUUAAAUAUUCAGCGAGCUCCUAUUAUGCUCACUGGGGCCUCCUUCUGCAUGGACAAAGAUCUGUAAAAGCCCUAGAUGACCUUCUUUGUGCUGGAAGUUGCGCCUUUUUUUUUCCUACCAUCCGUCUCCCACACCCAAGUCAAAGCUUUAUCUUAAUUUAUUUUCCAUGAGUACGGCCUGCUAGUCUUGCUUGUGAACAGAAGGCCGUUGACUAAUCUUAUUUAAUCAUGGUAUUACGUCCAAGCUCGCCUGAUGAUCCUUGAAGGUUUUUUUUUUUUUUUUUUGUAGUUGGGUCUGUUUCGCUCUUUCCUUAUAAUGCCUAUGAUUCUUCUCAUCACAUUCGUACUCUUCCUGCGGAGCCUUAUUGCUGAAGCUGACUUUUCUCUUUUCCCUCUGCUGUUCGUUCUAAAGGCCGCGUUGACCAACACAGGCAUCCCCAAAGUCGAUGUCGGCGUUGGAGCCUCACCUGAUGAACAACCGGAGGUUAACAUCAGCGAUGAGGAGUUCUUGCAGUUUGACACCUCGGCGGUCCCUGUCAUCAUCACCUUGACCAAAGUGAGUCUUCUGAGGCUGAAAGAGAAAGCCCACUAAGUUGGCCAUAAUGGAGGGGAGCCAGGGUCCCGGGCCCGGCCCGUUUAAUCACCGGGGCUGUUUUUCCCUUCUCCGGCCUGGUUCUGGACACUUUCUCGUUUCAGUGGCCCUCCCACUGUUGAUUCCCCGCCGUGCAUUCAAUCCACGUGGCCUUCAUGCAGGUGGGCAGGGAGUACAUUGUGGAUGCCACGUCAGAUGAAGAGUCGCAGAUGAGCUCCGCUGUCUCCGUCUCUGUGAACAGCCACGGGAAGGUCUGCGGCCUCAUCAAGCGGGGCGGCGCUGGGCUGGACGCCAGCGUGAUCCUGGACAUGGUCUCCGCCGCGAGACACGUCAGCCAGAAGCUCAUCCCCCUUCUGGACUCGGAGAUUGACGCUGCAGAGGCAGCUUCUCUUGCAGGACAAGGCUCUGACGUUGACCCGUGA